AUGGACAUUCCGGAUUACUUCGUUCUUAUGUUAAUUGGGUUUAGUCAGCUAUUAACAGCAUCGAAAUGCAAGAGUCUAGACGAUUAUAUAACACAGUACGACGAACUUCAUUACGACACAGAUACGCUGCACCAUCGACAUCUACGUUUCAGAAGAUCAAAUACCCAACAACACUUAAAGUUUAAAUUUAAGGCUUACAACAGAGACUUUGAGUUGGAGCUGGUUCCAGAUGACUCCAUAUUUACGUCAGACUUUAAACUACGGCAUCACAAUGGAUCGACGUACCCGGCGGAUAUAUCGUUUAUAUAUAAAGGAAAGGUCAAAGGAGAACCAACGUCCCAUGUACAUGGCAGUGUACUAGAGGGAGUGUUCCGCGGAUUUGUGAUAACCGAUGACAACACUAUUUACCACAUUGAACAUGUUCGGAGAUUUUUUCCGGUUGGACAUCAAACACCAUACCACUCUGUCAUCUAUAGGAGUGACCAUGUUAAUCUCGACCCAUACCGGCAUCGUAGAGCCGCUGGGGAAGGAACAUGUGGCGUUGACAGACUCCGACAAUGGAUGGAGAAGAAAUCAUCUCCUCGAACUGGAAGUAACUAUCAAAAGGCGGGUAAAUACAGUAAAUCUGUUAAUAACGACAAUGGUGAUCACCUGACGACCACAGACCGUGCUAGAGCCGACACGAGCGGUAACUUAGAGGAAAUGCCACACAAAACAUUACCAAGUAAUGGGCGACGGACAGGUGGCCGUGUUAGACGAAAUGCUGCAAAGUCCGUAGAUCGUCUCGGGGCACGGAACACCUGUUACAUGUACCUGAGAUCCGAUCCAGUGUUGUGGAGAUAUAUCAAAAGGCAGGGCGUGGAUGAUAAUGCAGCCAAGAAUGAAAUACUGGCGAUGUUCGCUAGUCACGUGUCUGCUAUUAAUUCCAUCUACACGGAUACCAAUUUUACAUUAUACCCAGGGAAUCCAACCAACUACUACUACACCGGAGUCCAGUUUCGAGUUCAGAGGACAACGGUGAUGACUGACCAGUCUGAGCACUGCAACAAUUCCAUGACUAAUGGGUUCUGUAACCCGGAUAUUGACGUCAGUAAUUUCCUCGAUAUGACGUCAAGGGAAAAUCAUGAUCAAUUCUGCCUUGUCUUCACAUUCACAGCCCGCGAUUUUUCCGGUGGAACCCUGGGACUGGCCUGGGUUGCUUCUACUGAAAAUUCAGCCGGCGGUAUUUGCGAGAAGAAUAAACCAUUUCCGGGAGAGGACGGGCGGACAGUCAGCAAGAGCCUUAACACGGGGAUAGUCACUAUCAUCAAUUACGGCAAGCGUGUUGUCCCAACCGUGUCUCAUUUGACCUUCGCCCACGAGGUGGGGCACAAUUUUGGAUCUCCUCAUGACACUGGUAUAUGCGCGCCCUACAAUACGCAGUAUCCAGGGGCCUCUAACGGAAACUUUAUAAUGUACGCAAGUGCUACACAUGGAAAUCUACCCAAUAAUGACAAAUUCUCUCAGUGUAGCAAAGACAACAUGACACGGGUGCUACAUUCACUACUAGAGGGGACAUUUAAAAAGAACUGUCUACACAACCAGGAAGGAUCCUUCUGUGGUAAUGGUAUCGUUGAGGAGGGAGAAGAAUGUGACUGUGGUUAUGAAGACGAUUGUGACGAGAUAUGUUGCAAUCCACGUCACGAACCAAGCAAAAGUACAGAUUGCACACUCCGAAAAACCGUAAAUGGCAUCAAUCACAUUUUGGUUUGCAGUCCAUCACAGGGCCCGUGUUGUACUCCUGCUUGCCAAUUCAUCUCCUUGGGCAAGAACAAGACUUGCCGGGCGUCAUCUGACUGUGUUGACGCAUCACAAUGUCCCGGUGACUCGGCGAAGUGUCCACCUGCAAGGAAAAGACCGGAUAUAGUAACACUGUGUAAUGACAAACUGGCUAUUUGUCAGAAUGGGGAAUGUACUGGAUCACUAUGUAAACGUAUUGGGUACACAACUAAUAACAAUAUAUCGUUAUGGAAGGAGUGUAUGAGCAGUACUUCCUGUUACCUAUCUUGUCAAUUUAACGGAAGCUGUAUCAGCUCGCGCGCAAUACCUGAUGGCGCACAAUACGACAACUAUAAAGCCCUAGUGCGUGAAGUCACAGACACCGCUGAUUCCGAAGUUCCUCUUCCGGCGGGGUCUCCUUGUGACGAUUUCAAGGGCUAUUGUGACGUGUUUAGUCGAUGUCGAAGCGUGAACAAUAAUGGACCGUUGGCAAGGUUGCAGAAUCUCAUUUUUGGUAACGAGACAUGGACGAUGAUCCGCGAAUGGAUUGUUGAGCACUGGUGGAUUGUGAUGCUGAUAGCAAUGGGUCUUGUUCUUUUCAUGAUAAUGUUUAUCAAACUCUGUGGCGUUAACACUCCCAGCUUCGACCCUAAACAUAAACCUGCUACCAAGGUAACGCCGUCAGCACCACCAAAGGAUCUUAAUCACAAACAGGUCCGGGUACCCCGUGCUCAGUAUCUGGAUGACUAUGAGCCAAAGCAACAAAGACGUCCACGUGAAAGAGAACUUUACCGUUUGGAGAAGAGACAGCGAUAUUGA